CUGCACAAAUUACACAGGAGGGCUCCACCUGAAAGAGCAGCUGUAAAACUUUUGUGUCAAACAGGACAGAAACAGACUCAAAACUAUAUCUGUAAAAUGGAGGCGUUCUUUGGAAACUGGAAACUGGUCAGCAGUGAAAACUUUGAAGAAUACAUGAGAGCAGUCGGUUUUGGAGAAGAACAAGUACAAGUCGGGAAUAUAGUUACACCAGUGAUCUCCAUUUACCAAGACGGGGAGAAGUUGGUGAUGAAACUAAAGAGCAGUGUCACCAGCUCUGAAAACUCAUUUGUACUGGGCAAGGAAUUUGAUGGGAAUAUCCUCGGCAAACAAUACAGAUCUGUUGUUCACCUGGAUGGAGGCAAAAUAGUGCAAACACGGAAGUGGGAUGAUAAAACGGGCUUCCUGACCCGCGAGAUCCAAGAUGGCAAGAUGAUCACGACAAUGAGAUGUGAUGACAUUGUGGCAGUGCGCACCUACGAGAAGAUCAGCGAGGUUGACUGAAAUCUAAAACGAGCAGGAUUUUACACCUCAAGCAUCUGAUUGUCAUCACGCAUGAUCUGAAUUUGGUCUGCAAAUGUUUUAUUAUUUCUUUCCUGAUAGAUCCUUGCAAAGCUGUCUUAAGCUCAGUAAAAAAUAAACCAAAAGG